GUUGGUUUCGUACAAGUUUACCCUAACCAGAGCUGAUCGUGUUCCUGUCGUCGUGCACCACAUCAGGCAGGCUGGCAUUGCACCAUGCCCCUCGACAGCUUCAGGCCACAAGACAGCGAGCUUUUCCAGCAUUUUCAACACUGACAGUCCGAAGCACGACGCUUUGAAUGUUUUCAAUCUCAAUGAUGAACCGGUUUGUGGAGCAAGAAAGCCCCGAGAGACCCCUAUCAGAAGGAGAAGCGCAAGAGCUGGCCUCCAUUCUGCACCGUCAGCUUGGUAGAAAUCUCAGGAAGGCGCGGCGGCGGUUGUUUCAUGACCUGCUGUCUCUAAGCUCGGGCCUACGGGACGUUGUGAUGCUGGACUACGUGGUGGCCUCCCGGGAGGAGCUGCGCCCCCUGCUGGGCAGCCUGGCGCGCCUGCCGCGGCUGGCCGACACGCGCCUCCUGCACAUGGGCGGCUGCCUGUACCUGGCCAAGCUGGCCGCCCUGCUGCAGCGAGUGCCCACCAGCAGCACGCCCCCCACCGCCACGCAGCCCCUUGGAGUGGUGGUAGAUGAGGGGGAACCACGAUUUGUCACUGCAGUCGAGUGCCUCUCCUUCCAUGACCACCUCCGCCAGUUUGCCUCUGGCCUGGCCGCAGCUGCUGCUAGCGCACCAGAGGCGCAGCAGCCUGCCCCCCCCCUCUGCAUCGACCUGGAGGGACUCCUGAUGGAGCAACCCCUCCCCCUGCCCAGCCUCAACGGGUGGCUCCUUGGUUACCCUGCGGUGUACCUGUUCCAUCUGACCCGCGGCCCCCGCGCUGCGCGCUGCCUCUCGUCCGCUUCCCUUCACCUUUUCCAGCUGCGGGCUUGCUGCCGUUACAAUGUAGAUACUGAACAACGCUCUCCAAACACUGGACAUCAAAGAACCGGCAACGACAUUGCGCUUUGCAGCUUUUCCGUCCCGGCUUCUUUGAGUACUCAGCAGUUCGAAGAGCCUUGGGCUCAGGCGUUCAAGUCUGAAAUUUUAAGGAAGUUGGCUAAGAACGAAGACCGCACUUGGGAGACCUUGACGUUCGACUGCACUCUACAAGCGCCUCAGACGAUAGCCCUAUGAUCAGAAAAGGCCAGUUGUUGCGGGCCAUAUGUGAAUGUGUAUGAAGAACAUGUUUUGAUUUAGGUCCAGACGAACCCUAAAGCUCGACCGAAUUCUAAGCUCAGUGUUGUUCAAUUUGGUGCAUGCGGGAGUCAUGCUCGAGGGGUGCAUGCGGGGAUCAGUCUCCUCGAGCCUGAUCGUAGAUACCUAUAUUGCCAGUUGAAUUUCCCAAGUUAAAACCUAGUCAUUAACAUAGGUUCUUAAGACUGGCCCUGGCCACGUCCCUGGCCGGGUUUCCUUACCUGAAUCUUUGUGCGUAGUGCACUUGAAUAUAGCCUGU